CUUUUGCCAAACAACAACAACCAUGUCCAUCUCAGCAUUGCAGCAACAGUUCGAGUCGCACGUCGACGAGCUCCGAAAGCUCCAGCAAUCUUACUCCAAGCUUGUCGACAGCCGGACGCAGUUCGAGACCCAGCUCAACGAGAACAAGCUCGUUCAAGAGGAGCUGCGUCUUGUCGACUCGGAAGGCUCUGUUUACAAGCUUGUUGGUCCCGCUCUGGUCAAGCAAGAUUUGCCCGAGGCCAAGUCGCACGUUGACAAGCGCAUUGGCUUUAUCACAACCGAGCUCGAUCGCCUCGACAAGGCCAUGAAGGAGUACGACGAGAAGAUGAACACACUGCGAGGAACCGUCAUGAAGCUGCAAAACCAACUCAUGCAGCAACAAGCAUCAGCAAAGGCCUAAAGAGCUCGUUCUUUCGUUUGCUUGUAUUGAUACACCUGUUUUCAAUGAAUGAACCCAUUCAGUAGUUUCGAAAAAACAACACAACCGUCCACAACAUGGCAAAGAAAGUGUUGUAUUCGAUGAUGGCAUUGUACAGCCGCUACGAAGACACAAACACACACA